AUUUGGGUGGUAUAGUGUAGUGUAAUAAUGAUGUGGGGUUUCAUGACAUAAAGUCAAGAGUAAGGGUUACAAUACACUCGGAAGUAUUUGAAAUAUUUGAGUCAGUUUGAUAAUUUCCUAUUUCGUGAUAAACAUCUUAAGAAUGUGUCCGGAAGUAAAUUGUUUACAAUAAACGGUCAAACGUUCAGAUUUUAGUUAUAAUGAUAUAAUUAGAAACUUUAUUGAAUAUGGUAUAACAAAAAUACAAUAGAUUCAUGGUUUCAGUUAUUAAGCUAAAACAGAGUAGAGAAAAGUUCGUGUAUUUAGUUUUAUGGAUUUGAAUGGAAGCAGUAACACUUGCGGUGGUUGGCGAUCCAUUUGUCGGCAAGACGUUACUGUGUGUCUCCUAUACAGCUAAUUAUGUUUACAAAGAUUAUAGACCGACAGUUUUGAAUCAACACUGGACAAACGUUAUUGUUGAUAAUCACGUGAUCGACCUUACGCUCUGGGACACACCCGGAUCGGAAGAAUAUGAUGACUUGCGUCCACUCUGUUAUCCAAAGGUCGAUGCCUUUCUUGUAUGUUUCUCGUUGAAGUGCCCUGAAUCGUUUCAGAAUGUACAAACGAAAUGGAUACCGGAAAUUGAAGAGUACUGCGAUAAUGUACCAGUGAUUCUUGUUGGAUGCAAAAGAGAUGAUUGUUUAAAGUCUAGUCAAGACAGUAUAGAUACUAUAGAUACAGAAGAGGGCGAGGAGAUGGCACGUGCAAUUGGAGCGAGGCAAUAUGUAGAGACAAGUGCAGUGGAGCAGUCAGGAUUUACCUCUGUAUUUCAUACAGCUAUCAUUGCCGCCUUAGAACGGAAGAAAAUUUUACCGAUUGAAAGAGAAAUCCAUCGUUGACAAAUUGUUAAAUUUGAAAUAAAAACCUUUUAGUGUCAAAUA